AUGUCUGAAGUAAACGUAACAAAAGUAAUAGUAAAUAAUCCAAUAUGUGAUAUUUUAGACCCCUUUGUUUUUACUAUUGAAUUUGAGGCACUAAAUAAAUUGGAAGCAGAUCUCGAAUGGAAAAUAUUUUAUAUUUCAGCUGUUAAUAAUGAAGGAGAAAGUAACCAAGACAUUGAAUUAGACAAUAUUUAUUUAGGCCCAAUCGAAAGAGGAGUAAUGAUGUUUGACUAUGCUGUCAACCCACCUGAUUAUAAAAAUAUGGACGCAGAUAGCGUUUUAGGACUUCAAGCCAUUUUGAUAUCAGCAAAUUAUAAGGAAAAAGAAUUUAUAAGAAUAGCUUAUUAUAUGAAUUCCUUUUAUAAAGAUAUUGAAUUGAGAGAAAACCCACCAGCUGUCCCACAAUAUGAUAAAAUAUGUAGACAUAUAUUUGUUGACAACCCAAGAAUAGUUAAAUUUAGUAUUUUAUGGGAUUCUGAAGAAAGAGAUGAAUUUAAAGAGUUUGAUAAAGAAAAUGAAAAAAUAGAAUUAUUAAAUUUUUCAAAAAUGAAAGAAGAAAAUCAAAGUAAUUCAAAUAUUACAAAUCAAUCAACACAAGACAAUAUUUUAGUUCCAAAUGGACUUAAUGAUUAUAAUCCAAAUAACGGUAAUUUUAAUACAACCAUUAGUAAUAACAUGCAAAAUGGCAUGAAUACACUUAAUUAUAUUAAAAAUAAUGAAAUGCCAGUUGAUAUGGAUAGGUGUGAAAUAAUAAAUGAAAAUAUAAAAGGUAUUAGUAGUAUAACUAUUGAUAAUAAAAAUAUGCAAUAA